CGAUGAUUAGCCGCGCAUCCGCGUUGUUUUCUGGAUUUGUCCCCUUUGAAAGUGAAACCAUGUCUCGAUGACCACUUCCCCUUAUCUAUAAUUUUUUUCCUUGAAAACUUGAGAGUGUCGCUGAAGUUGGAGCGCUAUCCAACUUCCCUCCUCCGCAAUUCGGCCUCUAGAUCUACUUGCGGUCAAAAAAGAACCGCAAGUGCUUCCCCCUCCCGUUACCACACCUCAAACCCCAAUGGCGCCCAGCAAAAAGGUAGCUGCGCAUGAGUGCGUGUCUGAGGAGGCCUUGGUGCACCUCAAGUCGUACAAAUACUCGAGUGUCGACAAGUCCUUCAUUUCGAACUAUAUCCUGAAGCAUUAUUGGAAUGCCUUCGUGGAACUUCUGCCAUUAUGGCUUGCACCAAAUAUGGUCACAUUGCUAGGAUUCUUCUUCAUCCUGUCAAAUGUAGCCUGUCUGGUGAUAUUUAUGCCAGACUUGGUUGGACCUGGACCAUCCUGGCUGUACUAUAGCUUCGCUUUCGGCCUAUGGAUGUAUUCUACCAUGGACAAUGUGGAUGGAAAGCAAGCACGAAGGACGGGCACAUCCAGUGGUCUUGGAGAAUUAUUCGACCACGGUAUCGACUCACUCAAUUGCACACUUGCCAGCUUGUGCGAGACGGCAGCAAUGGGUUUGGGAACAUCGAAGACUGGUGUCUUCACCGCUCUGAUUCCCUGCUUGCCAAUGUUCUUUUCGACCUGGGAAACAUACCACACCCACACACUAUAUCUGGGUGUGUUCAACGGCCCAACGGAAGGUCUGAUUCUGGCAUGCACAAUUAUGAUCCUUUCGGGUUACUAUGGUCCGGAAAUUUGGACCCACAAGAUCACAGACCUUGUUGGACAUCACUACUUUUUUGGAUACCAUGAGUUCUUUGGGACAUACUCAGUCCGUGAUCUCUGGGUUCCAAUCCUGCUGAUCUCAUUAUUCGGCGCGCAUGUACCAUUUUGUGUGAUGAAUGUUGUCAAAGCACGGAGAAGGGACAACUUGCCAAUUCUCCCCGUUUUCUUGGAAUGGACACCUAUGGCAGUCUACACCUUUUCUAUUGGUGCCUGGUUGUUCUCGCCAUACUCGACGCUAAUGGCCGAGAAUCAUCUUGUUUUAUUCUGCCUCACAAUGUCGUUUGUGUUUGGUAGAAUGACUACCAAAAUCAUUCUGGCUCAUUUGACCAGACAGCCAUUCCCCUAUUGGACCGUAAUGCUCACGCCUCUAUUAGGAGGAGCUGUUCUUGGAAAUCUGCCUCGGGUUGGUCUCCCUGCAGUCAGUGCUUGGACAGAGCUGUGGUAUCUUCGCGGAUACUUCGCCUUUGCAUUGGUUGUGUACUUCCGAUGGGCGUUCUUGGUCAUCGAUAGCAUUUGCUCUUACCUUGGCAUCAACUGUUUGACAAUACCAUAUGAGAAGCAGGUCGCCAAUAAAGAGAAAGCCAAGGCGGCUAACGGAACAGCAAAGUCUGCGAACGGUCAUACCGACGGGAAGAGAGUCGAUUAGGCCAGUGUGGGAUGUCAGAAGUUGGGGUAUAAGACCUCAUGUUACGAUGAUCAUGAGCAUGGAGGAUUUCUGUUCUUAUCUGUAAUAGUCGGUCUGCAUAGCGCUUAGACGGUCCUCAUCAUAGGACGUUUGGGAAAGAGGAAAAGCAAGUAAGCAUAGGGCUCGGCGUUCUGAGU